AUUGCAAUUACCACAUAUUAUCCAAAAACUUUACAAAAAUAAAAAUAUUGAAACUACAAAUAUAUUAGAUAUACUUGAAUCAGGUAAUGAAGAAAAUAAUAGUUUAGAUAAUAGUUUUUAUAAUAGUCUUGAUGAUAAUUUUGAUGAUGAAUCAAGUGAUAGUUCUGAUGAUGAAUCAAAUAAUGAAUUAGAUAAUAAGUUAAAUGAUGAAAUAAAUAUUGAAUUGGAUAAUGA